AGACGGCAACUCCAAACUAACAUGGCAGUCAGACUGUGUGAUGUGGCUUCUCUGCUUAGAAGUGGUUCGUGGGCAGCAGAGCCUUGGACUGGGCAGGUAAUUGCUGCCAUGGAAACACAACUGUCUAAUGGACCAACAUGCAAUAACACAGCCAAUGGUUCAACUGCCAUAAACAAUUGCUCAUCACCAGUUGAUUUGGGAAAUACGGAAGACAGCAAAACCAAUCUAAUCGUCAACUACCUUCCACAGAACAUGACACAGGAGGAGCUGAAGAGUCUGUUUGGCAGCAUUGGUGAGAUUGAAUCCUGCAAGCUCGUAAGAGAUAAAAUAACAGGACAAAGCUUGGGCUAUGGCUUUGUCAACUAUGUGGAUCCCAAGGAUGCUGAGAAGGCUAUCAACACGCUGAAUGGAUUGAGGCUUCAAACUAAAACAAUAAAGGUUUCAUACGCGCGACCAAGCUCAGCUUCUAUCAGAGAUGCGAAUUUGUAUGUCAGCGGACUCCCAAAAACAAUGACCCAAAAAGAACUGGAACAGCUCUUUUCCCAGUACGGACGCAUUAUUACGUCCCGUAUACUCGUUGACCAAGUUACUGGAGUGUCGAGGGGUGUGGGCUUUAUCCGUUUUGACAAGCGCAUUGAAGCAGAAGAAGCAAUAAAGGGUUUGAAUGGCCAGAAACCUCCAGGUGCCACAGAGCCCAUCACUGUCAAGUUUGCAAACAACCCAAGCCAAAAAACGAACCAGGCCAUCCUUUCCCAGCUCUACCACUCUCCAAACAGAAGGUAUCCAGGACCUCUUGCUCAGCAGGCUCAACGUUUUAGGUUGGACAAUCUGCUGAACAUGGCUUAUGGAGUAAAGAGUAGGUUUCCACCCAUGACUAUUGAUGGAAUGACCACUUUGGCUGGAAUUAAUAUCCCUGGACAUGCAGGAACCGGGUGGUGCAUUUUUGUGUACAAUUUGGCCCCUGAUGCUGAUGAGAGUAUUCUCUGGCAAAUGUUCGGACCUUUUGGAGCAGUAACCAAUGUGAAGGUCAUCCGUGACUUCAACACUAACAAGUGCAAAGGUUUUGGAUUUGUGACUAUGACAAACUAUGAUGAGGCAGCUAUGGCAAUAGCCAGCCUGAACGGAUACCGCCUUGGGGACAGAGUAUUGCAGGUCUCCUUUAAAACAAACAAAACGCACAAAGCCUGAUUAUUCUCAGUGCAUUAAUAUGUGAAAACUCUACAACAAAGGCAAUUUAAGAGAAACUUUAUAGUGUCUUUGUUGUAAGUCAGCGUGGAAAUGGGGAUAAAAUAACUACUUAGCAUCCUAAGAAUAUGUGAGUUUUUUAUUGCUAAUAUUUGAAUUAAAACUUCUUAAAUAUCUUUUGUGUUUGAAUAUUGACAAGAGGUACAGGGUUUCUACCUGUUACAAUGCAUUCUAUUGCCUUCUUUGAAGAAGGUAAACCUUUUAAAAUGUUUCAGUUAAGGGAAGUUUUUCAUGAUUGCCUUGAAACCUAUGAGUAAAUAUUGAGGCUUUGUGUUAACGUUUCUGGAGGAGUUUUUCUUAUGUUGUAUAAUUUUGUGAUUAGCUUUGUUUAAUUUACUCUUUAACAUAUUGCUGUUUUGUUGUUUGAGAUGUAUUGAAGUUUACAUUUUAUUUAUAAAGUAAUAAGCAGUAUUUAUUUUAUAUUAUCAUUUCGGUUGGGGAACGGGAACACAUUAUAAAAGCUUAUUGUAAGGAUACUGGAGAACUUUUCGUAAAGCAGUACCUUGCCAAAGAGAUAAGAGCCUCUUUGAUGUGGGUUUAAAAAAAGCAUCUAUUUUUAUAAAUAAAUAAAAAAAAAAAUUUGGAGAAACUUUUUACUCGUCCUGGAACAAAUAUUUUGACUUGAAUACUUUGAAAAAUGUCUUCAUAUGACACCUAGUGAGCUUUCAGAACUUACCAGGAAACUUGCAGUUGUUGAGGGAAACGUUGAAAGAUUUAGGAUGUAGAAUACUUUUGAGGUCUUUGUACUAAGAUGUAGAAUCAAUGGGAUGCCCUGUUGGUUUCAUUUGUGUAAUCAGCAGUGGGGCUUCGGUCAUCCUGGUUAUUAAGUGGUAGGUGGCUCACAUUAAUUUGUGAUUUUGAAACAAAUUAAAAUUUUAAAAGCAUAUAAAAAGAGAGCAGGAAAUUUAAAAUGCUGAGACAUAGGGAAAAAAAAAUCUGUUCUUCCUAAAGAAUUCCCUUCAGAUAGAGCUCAUGGUGUUUAGUGAUGUACUUGCUAUUGUUUGAAGAAUUGUUUUGUCUUAAAAGGCAUUGUGUGUGGUUUGCGCAGUAGCAAACCAUCUGAAGUGGUCUGAGUUGGACACAUUGGGUGGUAUUUUGAAAGUUAUGUUCAAAGCUAACACCUGAGCUUUGUGUAAUGUAAAUAAGAACUUGAGUUAUGAACCUUUCGGCUAAUUUUGGUUUUAGUUUACUUUUUAGUUUACAUGAAGAGUGAUGUUCAAGUUUUGAAUGUUUCUAUAUCAGUUUAUUUCUUUGUAAAUGGCAUUAACAUUGUUACUUGGGGUCUGCUUAUUCAUUUUUAUUGUCCUGAGGACUUGAAUUUAAAGCGCAUCAGAUCUGUUGCUAUUUUUGUCUGUAGGUAGUCUAGCUUCAACUGUUUAUGGUGAUGCUACACUUUUGUUUAUAAGUAUGUUUGUGGUAAAAUGAGCAUAAUCAUAGGUUUUGAACAAAUUUCCUUACAUUUUUUCAGUUUAAAAAAAAAAAAAAAAACCUGUAUGCUCUUGAAAUUUAACUUUGUAUGAUGCUUAAAUCACUAUUUGGGGAAAUAGUAAAAGUCUUUACUAUGUAUUAAAAGAAAUUUAAGAG